UUACCAUUAUUUUCAUACCUUUCUUAUUUUUUUGCUAUGUAUACAUAUUCUUCAUUAUGCUCUUCUUCAAUAUCGUCCAUUCGUUUUAUAUUUUUCUAAUAAUGUUACUUAACGAUCUUACUGAUAGUUCAAUUAUCGAUUAAAUUGAUACGAUUUUGAUGAUGAUGAAUCCAAUCCGGAAACCGAAGAUACGAAUCAAAUCUGAUAACUCGUAACAUUUUUAUACGCUCAUAUUUGCAACCGACAAAGAUUUAUAAUUUUAUUUGCAUAUAUUCGAUCGAGCGUGGAUAAUUCCCUGAAGAUUAAUAAUUGGUAUGGUAACACAAUUACGCAGAGUGAUUCAAUUAAUAAUAUUUUGUAAUUGAAUUUCACCACACUGUUUUAAAUAACAUAUUAAAACAAAUAUGAUAAAAAUUUCUGUGGCUGCUUCUUCACUUGAUCGCCUUUCAGUUUCGUAGUUUUCGAUAAUCUCUGUGAAAGGUAUACACCUAUUUUAAAUUUGCAAUUAGUGCAUUUUUUAUACCCCUCUCUAUGCAUUUCAUACGUGGAUAAAGACCUCGUACAUCGGAUUUAAAAUACAAAAGUCAGCAUUCAGGAUGGUUCAGAAGGAGCCGGCAUGAGGAUCGUGUGGCGUUGUAAAACGAAAACAUGUUAAAGAUGUGCUGAAUUUUAUUCUCGUUGCAAUUUACACAACUAAAAAUGUUAAUCAUUAUGAUUAUAUGAAAAUAAAUCGUUUAAACGUAAUAUUUUGGACCUUACACGGUAAAAGAGCAGGUUUUCUCCGAUUAAGAGUCCUGUUGCUGCAAUGGUAACAAUAACGAAAUUCGUGCUCGUCGCAACCCUCUAUGGUAUUUUCACUGAGAUAACAGCAUCACGUGUACUGGAGUUAAGUGACAGGUUCUUGGACAUCCAUAAAGAUGGACAAUGGCUAGUAAUGAUGUAUGCACCAUGGUGUGCACACUGUAAACGUUUGGAACCAAUUUGGGCUCAUGUUGCACAACAUUUACAUGCAACAUCUAUAAGAGUAGGCCGGGUUGAUUGUACUAGAUUUACAAGUGUAGCUCAUGCAUUUAAAGUUAAAGGAUUUCCAACAAUUCUGUUUUUAAAAGGUGAGCAAGAAUUUGUAUAUCACGGGGAUAGAACGCGAGAUGAAAUAGUAAAAUUUGCAUUGAGAGUAAGUGGUCCACCUGUUCAAGAAAUAACAAAAACUCAAAGUUUUGAAACAAUAAAAAACGAACGCGAUUUAUAUUUCUUGUACGUUGGAGAAAGAUCUGGAUUAUUAUGGGAAUUUUACCAUAAGACUGCAGAUGUGUUUCAGCCACAUGCAUUUUUCUAUCAGUCUCAUCCAAAUGUUGUCAGUCAGCAUGCUCCUGUAAAAAAGACUCCGGCAUUGUUCGUUUACAAAGAAAAUUUGCAUUAUAAUUUUACUGGUCAUGAUAUAGUUGAUAUAGAAAAAUUAAAUGAAACAGUAUACAAAUGGAUAAACGCAGAACGUUUCCCUACAUUUCCGAAAGUUACACGAGGAAAUAUAAAUCAAUUAUUUCUAACAAAUAAAAAUCUGGUCUUGGCAGUGGUAGAGGAAAAUCAGUUAGAAGAAGUACCUCCCCAUAUGACACAGUUCAAAGAUAUGGUAGAAUCUAUAAUUAAAAGUAAACGAGAAAAAUAUCACGAUCAUUUUCAGUUUGGUUGGAUAGCUAGUCCUGAUUUAGUCAAUAGUAUAGCAAUGAUGGUUUUGCCAUUACCAAGUUUAAUUGUUAUUAACACUACAACAAACCACCAUCACAUUCCAGAGGACGAAACAGAAAAACUGACACCUCACGUGAUAGAGUUGUUUCUAGAGCAGAUUCGGAAUGAAAGUGCUCCGCGAUAUGGCGGAAACAGUUGGUUAAUACGUAUUUAUAGAUCAUGGUUCGAACUAAAAACAACUCUUACAGCGAUGUGGAUGGGUAAUCCCAUCUUGACAAUGGUUUUAUUUGGUUUACCAGCUGGAUUUUUAUCGUUAAUAUGUUAUGGUAUCUGUUGUCCAGAUAUUUUAGACGCAGACGAUGAUGAAGAAGAUCAUCCAGGAGCAAAUCAUAUGAAAAAAGACUAACAAUAAAACUAAUUGGUUCUUGUAUUGUUGUAUUAGACUUAAGAAAUUUUUUAAA